UUGGAAGAAAAUGGAGAGCAUGGGUAUACCGGUAGAUAUUAUAAAUAUUUUUCGUUACUGGUAUCGGAAUCAGACGAAUCACGUGAAAUGGGCCAAUAGACUCUCUAGGGCGUACAGGUUGAAUUGCGGUGUGAGACAGGGGGGUUUAUCGUCUCCUAAGCUAUUCAAUCUGUACGUGAAUGAUCUCAUAGUGGAGCUCAGCAGUAUGCGUGUCGGAUGCAAGGUUGGUGGUGUUAGCGUUAACAACAUUAGCUACGCGGACGACAUGGUAUUGCUGAGUCCCACUGCGAGAGGAAUUCGGGAGAUGCUGAAGGUGUGUGAGAGAUACGCUGAUUCGCAUGGCCUGACAUAUAAUGUCAACAAAAGUGAAAUUAUGAUCUUUAAGGCCGCUGGUAAGUAUCCCGAGUCCAUACCUCCAAUAUACCUCGGCGGAAAGGAGCUGAAUAGAGCAUUUAAUUUUAAAUAUCUCGGCCAUAUUCUUACCGACGACCUUAAAGAUGAUCUAGAUAUUGAACGGGAGCGGAGGGCUUUGGCGGUGCGAGGUAAUAUGCUGGCCCGCAGGUUCGCACGUUGUACGGAUGAAGUGAAGAUCACACUCUUUAAAGCGUUCUGUCAGAAUCUGUACACGGGCGGCCUGUGGAUCAGCUAUACCAAAGCAUCUCUAAACACCCUUCGCAUCCAAUAUAACAAUAUCUUCAGGAUGAUGCUGAAACUUCCCCGAUUUUGUAGUGCGUCCGAGAUGUUUGCACAAGCAAGGACGGAUGGCUUCCGGGCACUCAUGCGCAAGAAAGCUGCAUCUCUAAUAAAUCGCGUAAGGGGAAGUAACAACAGCAUCCUGAAGAUUGUGGCAGAUGAUCCGCAUGCACCUAUAUUAAGGAACUAUGUGCGGAUAAUGAACGAAUUCGAGAGCAGACCUCCAGGAUAUAUUCGCUCAUAG